GGUAAACAUUGUUCACUUAAUUUUUAAACCUUGAAAGUAAAUGUAGAAAUCUUCUUAUUUAAACGCUAAAAUGCGUCAAUUUUUAAGAUUUUUCAAUAAAUAUUUUAGUCUAACUAAAACGCCAUUCAACUCAAAUAAAUUAACUUUAAGAAAAUUAAAUUUUGUCACAAUUCCGUUGAGAUUUAGUUCUUGUAAUAAUACUAAUAAUAGAUUCAAGAAAUUUCUCAAUGUUUCGUCAUUAUCAGCAGCUUCUGCUCUAGGCUUUCUCGUGGCCUAUUGCAAAGAAAACGACUUCGCCAUAUAUAGUCAUUUGUUUAAUGCAGCCAAGUAUGAUAGCGCUGAUGAUAUAAAAAGGUUAACAAAAUCUGGCUUGGAUGUUAAUAAAAAGCAUGAACUCGGGUGGACUGCACUUCAUGUUGCUGUCGUUAAUAAUAAUUAUAGGUCAGUUCAGGCAUUACUAGAGGCAGGGGCGGACCCCAACAUUGGGGAUGACUUCACUAACGUUUACUCUAUGGCCAAGGAGAAGAAACUCAACUCGCUUCACGUCCUAAUCACGAGAGAUGAUGAAUUUUGUAACUGGUUGAACAACCGAGCAACGUUCAAAGGAUUUACCAGCCUGCACUAUGCCGUUUUGCUGGGGGUGGAUAAUAUUAUUGAGGCCCUGCUGAAAGCUGGUGCUGACCCAACAAAGGAGAAUGAUUCUGGCCAUAAACCAGUGGCAUAUACGCAAGAUGCUCACUUGAAACAACUGCUUGAUAAAUAUGAAUUGCAGUACAAACAACAGCAACUAAAAUUGGAGGCAGAGGAGAGGCGAAGGUUUCCACUGGAGAGGAGGUUGAAGCAAGAGAUCAUCGGCCAAGAGGCUGCCAUUAACACUGUGGCCGCUGCUGUUAGGAGGAAAGAGAAUGGCUGGUAUGACGAAGACCAUCCGCUCGUCCUACUAUUCCUUGGCUCAUCAGGCAUUGGCAAAACAGAGCUAGCUAAACAAGUCGCCACUUACCUGCAUAAGAAAGCUAAAAAUAGUUUUAUACGUUUGGAUAUGUCUGAAUAUCAACAAAAACACGAGGUGUCAAAGUUCAUAGGGUCACCGCCAGGUUAUGUAGGUCACGAAGAAGGUGGCCAACUAACCAAACAGUUGACCCAAUUUCCCAAUUCUGUCGUCCUAUUCGACGAAAUUGAAAAAGCCCAUCCCGAUAUAUUGACUGUUUUGUUGCAGCUCUUUGACGAAGGCAGAUUGACGGACGGAAAAGGAAAAACGAUAGAAUGCAAGGACGCCAUCUUCAUCAUGACCUCCAACCUGGCCAGCGAGGAGAUUGCGGAUUAUGCCACGCAACUGAGAAAGGAGGCGGAGCUUGUUAGAGCCAAUAAGAUGAUUGGUGGCCUUGAUGAGCUUGACACAGACGAAAGCGUCCACAUAUCAAAGCACUUCAAAGAAUCAGUCAUACAACCCAUGUUGAAGCACCAUUUCAGAAGAGAUGAGUUUCUAGGCAGAAUAAAUGAGAUUGUCUACUUUGUACCAUUUUCUCGCUCAGAGCUUACGAAACUUGUCGUAAAGGAGAUGAACUUGUGGGCAGAGAGGGCAAAGACAAAACACAACAUAGAACUAACUUGGGAUCGGAAAGUUGUCGACAUGCUUGCCGACGGCUACGACGUCCACUACGGCGCUAGAUCAAUCAAACACGAAGUUGAGAGGCAGAUUGUCAGUAAGUUAGCAUUGGCUCACGAGAGAAACCUAAUUAAUGAGGGCUGCACUGUUAAACUGGUGGCACAGUCAAAGUCAGACGAGAAUAAUCUAGAACUUACUAGAAAGACACUAAUUACAAACGGCUUCUCACAACAGCAACACCAUCAACGGCAUCAACAGAAUUCGGGUGUAGAACCCAGACUGAAAGAUGAGAAGGAUAAAGGUGAUAUGUCGAAAGAUUCCAUAAUCAAACUCCAGUUGCUAAGGAAAGGAAUUCUUAAAGAUGAUUACAUCGAUUUGGAUUUGAAUUCUUUUGACAAUUCGACUUUUUGAAAGCUUUUUUUGUAAUUAUUAAUUAUAAUCCUAAUUAUAAUCCUAAUUUUUCUAGCUCUUAAUGGUGAUUUAAUCUGUUUUGUUGUCUUUCUUUUACUUAUCUCUGUAGAUAAGAGUGUAAUUAAGAUUGGAAAAUAGUCUGUUGAGUAUCUAUCUUGUUUAUGUUUCUAUGUUUGGUGCAGAUUUUGUUAAAAUUUAUUAUAUGGAAUGUUUAAUUUGUUAUAGAAUUGACAGUAAGGUGGCAUGAGCAAUUAUAAUCCGGUAUUGUAUAUGGUUUAUUCGUUGAAGAACUUACAACUUGAAUUUUAUUUAUAUGCCUUGUUCGAAUAUUAAGAAUGAAUGUUUGUAAAUAAAUACGUUUGAUCAUUUUUUACCGUAAAAUGAUUUUUAAUUUAGUAAAUUAACGACUUUUAAAUGUUUUUACGUAAAAACGUCAAUAAUU